AUGAAUCCUACGGUAUCAAAACUACCAGCAAAUGCGAAAGUUGCUGUUGUUGGUGGAGGUGUUUCAGGACUAACAUUUGCAUACUUUCUGUCAAAAUUAAGGCCUGAUAUUAAGGUAACUAUAUAUGAAUCGAAAGAUAGAUGUGGUGGCUGGAUCCAUUCAGAUUUGAUACAGGAUCGUCAUGGGGAUACAGUGAUGGUAGAAAAGGGGCCCAGGACGUUGAGAGGUGUUUCCGAUGGGACUGUUUUGAUUGUCGAAACGUUGAGAGAUUUGGGCAAAGAAGACGUCGUUCAAUAUAUAGCUUCGGACUCUGACGCUAAUAAGAAGUUUCUACUAGACAAGAGUAACGUCUUGACUCCUGUUCCUCAGACUAUUCUGGGUGGUAUUAAGUUCAUGAUGGGUCCUCUUGGUAAAGGGUUCUUCACUGGCUUGGUUGGGGAGCCUUUCAGACCCGCCAAGACAAGUGAUGCGGAUGAAAGUGCGCAAAACUUGCUUCGUCGAAGAUUUGGAAAUGAUCACCUAAGCCGUAACGUAUUCAGCGCAAUAUUUCAUGGUAUAUAUGCUGGGGAUAUCAAAUCUCUCAGUGCGAAACGUACUUUGGGUAAGAUGGUGCUGAUGGAGAAGAAGAACGGCUCGUUAAUGAAAACCAUGAUCAAUAACGUCAUUAAACGAUACAAGAGCAAGGACAAAAUUGCCGUAGAAAAGGGACUCUUAAGUCAGAGACUUAAGCACUUUGCGGCAGUUACUGGCAGGAGCGAAGCUGAAUUGGUCUCCUUGUCGCGUCGUUUGAAGAAGUAUCCGAUGCUUGGAUUCAAAACCGGUCUAGAAUGCUAUCCCAAGACUUUAUAUGAAUACCUUACUGGUCUACCAAAUGUUGAUAUAAGAUAUGAAAGGGUGAAUAGAAUAAAACCUGCCGAAUCUCAAGACAAGGUGCUAAUUGAAUCUGGAUCUGCUCAGAAUCCUAGUACUUUUGACCAUGUGCGCUCUACGGUGAAUCCAGAUAUUUUAGCAGACGUGGUUCCAUUUGAAGCACUAGCGAAGAAGUUGAGGGAAGUAAAGGCCAACACAGUCAUCUUGGUGAACUUCUACCUGCCCAAUAAAGAUAUAAUACCAACGUACCACGGUUUCGGAUACUUGGUGCCCCAAUGCAACAAUAAUCAUGAGAACUUGCUAGGCGUAAUUUUUGAUUCGGUCAUUGAACAGAAUUUCAAACCGUUAUUCAGUAAAGAACUGCCCAAGAAUCCAGAGGCAAAACAGUACACCAAACUUACUGCCAUGAUUGGUGGCCACUACCUAGGUAACGACGGAAGCAGAAGCAUUCCUUCGAAUUCCAUAAUUAUCAACUCCGUCAAAAACGCAUUACAGAACCAUCUACACAUCAACGAACAAGACUUGAAAGAUGCAACAUGGGAUGUAACAGUAGCAAAAGACUGUCUCCCCCAGUACCACGUCGGCUACGAUGAUUGGCUCGCAGAAGCUGUCGGUAUGCUACAGAAGAAUUUCUCCAAUAACGUCUCUCUUGGCGGAAUGGCAUUCAGUUCGGGACCAGGGGUCCCCACAGUCAUCGAAGAUGCAUUCGAAGGUGCUUACGCCCUGGCAAACACGAAACCAUAG